CCUCUUGUCGUUCCCCCUCGCCGAGGGCAUCCUACCCCUGACCACCUGUCACCUCUACCCCACACUCCUCGGAGAUCCCCUUGUUCGCACGUUCCCCUAGACGCAGCCCCGUCCCUGUUGCCUUUGCCCUGCCGGAUUGCUUUUGCUUUGCGGAGAGGAACUCUAAAUUAGUCUACCCCUACCCCUGUCCGAAUCGGGGAGGGCGGUAGCCUCUUGCCCAAACAAUCUCUUGCUAGGAGGUCGAGUAGCAUAUAUAUUGCUCGCGAGGGCUGAGGCCCAUCCUGACAUCUCUCAAGGGUCUUCAUUGCCGGCAUCCUCGUCAUGGCCGUCGACUCUGUCCUCAGUGGGGUAGACCCCACCGUCUUCAGCAUUAGCGAUCCCAUCCGCCUCUUCAUCAUCCAGGCCACCAUCAUCAUCAUAUUAUCUCGCAUCCUAGCCGUCCUAUUGAGAAAGAUCAACCAGCCUGCUGUCAUUGCCGAGGUCAUAGGAGGCAUUCUCCUGGGCCCUACUGCGAUGGGGCGUAUUCCGGGCUUCACUAAGCACAUUUUUCCUCCCGCCUCCUUGUCCUACCUCAACCUCGUUGCGACGCUUGGCCUAGUGCUCUUUCUCUUCAUCGUCGGAUUGGAAGUCGACCUACGUUCUGUCACAAAGAAUAUCAAGGCGUCUGUCUCAAUCAGUGUAGUCGGUAUGAUCGUACCGUUUGGUCUGGGAGCUGCCAUCAGUCGGGGCAUCUACAACAACUUCAUCAAUGCCGAAGCAGUCUCCUUUGGUCACUUCCUUCUCUUUUCGGGAGUAGCAAUGUCCAUCACUGCUUUCCCAGUCCUAGCACGGAUCUUGACAGAAACUAAGCUUCUUUACACGAAUGUAGGAGUUACCGUUCUGGCAGCUGGUGUCGGAAACGACAUCGUCGGCUGGGUCUUGCUCGCUCUUACUGUCGCAUUGGUCAACGCUAGCACAGGGGUCAUUGCGGUGUAUAUCCUGCUCUGCGCUGUGGGCUGGGCCCUCGUACUCUUCUUGCUGAUCAAGCCCGCCUUCAUUUGGCUUGCACGAAGGACGGGGAGCUUCGAGCAUGGUCCUACUCAAUUGAUGGUCACCCUAACUCUGUUGCUGGUCCUCAUUAGCGCCUGGUUGACAGAUAUCAUCGGCGUCCAUCCCAUCUUCGGCGCCUUUCUCGUUGGCCUGAUGGUUCCUCAUGAUGGAGGCUACGCUGUUGCGAUGCUAGAGAAGGUUGAAGACCUCGUUUCCAUCCUUUUCCUGCCCAUCUACUUCGGUCUAUCUGGGCUCAAUACGAAUUUGGCAACGCUCAACACCGGUCUUGCGUGGGGCUAUGCUAUUGCGCUUAUUGUUGUCGCUUUCUUCUCCAAAUUCGGUGGGUGCGCAGGGACUGCCAAGCUGUGUGGCUUCAGCUGGCGAGAGUCCUCCGCCAUCGGAACACUCAUGAGCUGCAAAGGAUUGGUGGAGCUCAUCGUGCUCAACAUCGGACUUUCGGCAGGCGUGCUCAACACGCUCACAUUCUCCAUGUUCGUCCUGAUGGCGGUCAUCUCCACUCUCAUUACCACACCUCUCGUGCUGUGGAUCUACCCAGAGAAGUAUCGCAAAUCGCAGAUACCUGUGGGUGCUUCGGGUCACGAAAAUGAGGUCGUAGAUGACAAGGAAGCCAAGCAGGAUGAUUGGGCCGCCUCGCAGUCACUUCUCAGCACAAGAAAGCUGAUGGUCGUCCUGACAGGCUUCGAGCAUCUUCCCUCACUGAUGAACCUCGUUCAAUUGAUCAGACCAUCCUCGUAUCAAGGGUGUGCGGUCAGGGUCGGAGAAGGAAUCAGGCAGCGGAACGUCGCUCGCAAGAGCGUGGAGGGCGGAGAGCACGAAUCUGUUGCAGUCGAGGAUUCGGACGACUCGAUGGUCCAUGACAAGGCUGGAGCUUCGUCUUAUGACGACCACGUCAUGGGCGCAAAGACAUUCACAGCAAAAAAGGCUACGUCCUCUUUUCUCAAUGUCGAUGCACUGCGCCUCGUCGAGCUCACAGAUCGAACUUCAGCGGUCAUGCGUAUGGCGGAGAGCGACGACACUCUCCGAGCCGACCCCAUCUCCAAUGUCUUCCGCACCUUCGCUUCGCUCAACAGAAUCCCAAUCCGGACCUCGCUCAGUGUCGUCGGCGUAGACUAUUUCCCGAGCACAGUAGUGUCUAGGGCUCGGGACAGGGGCGCAGACCUGGUGAUCUUGCCAUGGACCAUCCCGACAAUGGCCAGUGGACAGCCACAGCAGCAGCAACAGCAAGAUACCGACAUGCCGGCUUCGAGCAGUUUUGCCGGUGCUUUGUCGAGCCCCUUUGGCCACAUCUUUGGUGGCGCAGCUAGCGGUGCAUCGCAAGCUUCGAGCGAGAGUGAUGCACAAGCAUUGAUGAGGAACGCCUCUCAGUACGCUGGCUUUGCCCGUCGGCUGAUCCAAUCAGCCGAAUGUGACGUCGGUCUGCUCGUCGACAGACACAAUGCAGACCACCUCGCUCCGCGCGACAGCUUCACGACUGUACCUGCGGGCAAGGGCAUUCUUCUCGGCUUUAUGGGCGGGCCAGAUGAUCGCGUUGCACUGGACUUAUUGACCCGCUUUGCGGCCAUCAAUGAGGACCUACGCGUGACGGUGCUUAGGCUGAAGAGAGUGUCGGCAGACGAGAGUGGUGAGGUCCCCCUACCCGAGAUGCCCGCUACGAUCCACAGCGCAAGUCACACAAGGUCAUUAACCCAGAUGCAAGCCCUCACCAUCCAAGAUACCCUCUACCAGCGCUCGGCGGGCGUGGGUACAGAGGUUUCGCCUCUCGAAGCCACCCUGCAGGACGACCUCGCCUUCCGAGCGCUGGAGGGCCAUCUGCCAUCCCUUUCCGGACGAGUCAAGGUGAGGGAGAUCACGACCUCGCGACCCCUGAGAGACCUCAUCGUAACCGUGCAAGAGGAGCAGCCGUCCCUUGUCCUGGUUGGGCGCGGUAGGAAGAGCCCGACAAUGGGCUCUCAUAGGGACGAGCUGAGGGUUCUUCUUACCAAUGGAGUCGGCCCAACCUCAGCUACGAUUGGCAGCAGUGGCAGCAAUCUCCUGCCGCCCAGUGAGGGUGCUACACGAGCAGCCAACUCAGAGACAUGCAAGGUUGUGGGAGAGGUGGCCAUGGCUCUCACCAGCCUCGCUAAGUCUUCUGCCAGCGUGCUGGUGGUUGCCGCUUCGAACAAGAGUAGCGCAGCUCGAGCCGCGGGCGGCGAGACUGCUUGAGUUUGCGAUCACACGAGCUGAGGCUGAGUGUGUAUUCGCCUGAUAUUGUUGAUACCCCUUGAUGUCAAGAUCGUUACCCUUUGUCACCUGCUUCCUUCUCUCCAUGAUGUCACUAUUGCUUUUUUGUAGCGUACCUGUGAAUAAUACUUGUACCAGACGAUCACUCCA